AUGGCUUUAUACAAAGACUGCUCCGAUGUCAUCGAUCAUAGCCACGUUAUAGAGUUUGAGGUGGCCACCUGGAUCAAAAUCAUCCUCAUCCUGGUGUACCUGGUCAUCUUCGUGGUGGGCAUUCUGGGGAAUAGCAUCACCAUUCGGGUCACCCAGGUGCUGCAGAAGAAAGGUUACCUGCAGAAAGAGGUCACGGAUCACAUGGUGAGUCUGGCUUGCUCAGACAUCUUGGUCUUCCUCAUUGGCAUGCCCAUGGAGUUCUACAGCAUCAUCUGGAACCCACUGACCACGCCCAGCUAUGCCAUGUCCUGUAAGCUUCACACAUUCCUCUUUGAGACCUGUAGCUAUGCCACACUGCUUCACAUCCUCACGCUGAGCUUCGAGCGUUACGUUGCCAUCUGCCACCCGUUCAGGUAUAAGGCCGUGUCAGGGCCCUUUCAGGUGAAGCUGCUGAUUGGCUUCGUCUGGAUCACCUCUGCCCUGGUGGCAUUGCCCUUGCUUUUUGCCAUGGGUGUUGAGUACCCUCUUGUGUAUGUACCCAGUGUCCAGCGUCUCAGUUGCAACCGCUCCUUCACACGCCACCAACAGGAACCUGAGACCUCCAACAUGUCCAUCUGUACCAAUCUCUCCAGCCGUUGGACUGUGUACCAGUCCAGUAUCUUCAGUGCCUUCAUCAUCUACCUUGUGGUCCUGGUCUCUGUGGCAUUCAUGUGCUGGAACAUGAUGCAGGUGCUCAUGAGAAGUAAGCAGGGCACGCUGGCUGGGAAUGGACAGCAGCCACAACUGAGGAAAUCUGAGAGUGAGGAAAGCAAGACAGCCAGGAGACAGACCAUCAUCUUUCUGAGUGAGUCUUGUGAGGAGGCAACUCCCAAAUCCCUCAGGUCCUUAUAA